CUGUUCUGUUCUGUUCCCGUCUGUCUUUAUGUGUGUGUGUGUGUGUGUGUGUGUGUGUGUGUGUGUGUGUGUGUGUGUGUGUGUGUGUGUGUGUGUGUGUGUGUGUGUGUGUGUGUGUGUGUGUGUGUGUGUGUGUGUGUACGUGUGUGUCUGACUGUUUGUCAGCAGUACAACGCAUCACGAGACGUCAUCCCGUUCUUCCGCCCUCUAGCGGCCGUGGCGGUCCCUGCAGCCCCCGCUGGAGACGGGCUUCAGCGCCGUGUUGUCGGUCGGAGGGCGAUCCUCUCGUGGAUGCACGACCGCUCACCUCCUCGGCUGGACUGACCACCCCCGACCCUCCUUUUUCAGACUCCAUUUGAAUCAUCUACCCCGACGGGAUCGAGCCAAGCUACAGCAGCGCUUGACUAUCACUGAAAAGCAUGCUGGCCAGGAAGGGCCUGCUCCCGGACGGCUUCUUGUUGACCAGAUUGGCCGAGAACUCGGCCAAGCCCUGCCGUGCCCGGCCCCGCCCCCACCGCGCCCGCUUCAUCACCAAGAACGGCUCCUGCAACGUGGCCCACAAGAACAUCAGAGAGCAGGGCCGCUUCCUGCAGGAUGUUUUCACCACCAUGGUGGACCUCAAGUGGCAGCACUCGCUGCUGAUCUUCACCUCCUCCUUCCUUUGCUCCUGGAUGCUGUUCGCCAUGGCCUGGUGGCUCCUGGCCUUUGCCCACGGGGACCUGGAGCCCGUUGGGCCCAACGGGGGGCCCCCCGCCGUGCCCUGUGUCACACAGAUCCACUCCUUCACCUCCGCCUUCCUCUUCUCCAUCGAGGUCCAGGUAACCAUCGGAUUCGGGGGCCGCAUGGUGACGGAGGAGUGCCCGCUGGCCAUCACGGUGCUCAUCGUGCAGAACAUCCUGGGGCUGAUCAUCAACGCCGUGAUGCUGGGCUGCGUCUUCAUGAAGACGGCGCAGGCCAACCGCCGCGCAGAGACACUCAUCUUCUCCCGCAACGCUGUCAUCGCCCUGCGCAACGGCCGGCCCACCUUCAUGUUCCGCCUGGGCGACCUCAGGAAGAGCAUGAUCAUCUCCGCCACCGUGCAGCUGCAGGUGGUCCGUAAGGCGGUGACGUCAGAGGGCGAGGUGAUCCCGGUCAGCCAGAUGGACAUCCAGGUGGAGAACCCGCUGCACAGCAACGGGAUCUUCCUUGUGUCGCCGCUGGUCAUCAGCCACACCAUCCAGCGCGGGAGCCCGCUCUACGAGCUCUCCGCCCAGUCGCUGGCCAGCGAGGACCUGGAGGUCAUCGUCAUCCUGGAAGGCGUGGUGGAGACCACAGGGAUCACCAUGCAGGCCCGCAGCUCGUACACGCCGGACGAGAUCCUGUGGGGGCGGCGCUUCGUGUCCAUCCUGUCGGAGGAGGACGGCCGCUACUGCGUCGACUACUCCAAGUUCGGCAACACGGCGCCGGUCCGCAUGUCGUCGCUGAGCGCCCAGGAGCUGGACGCCACGCGGGGGGGCCAGGAGCCUGGGGGCCCGGGGGCCGGGGGACAGCCGCAAGGCUGGGGCCUGGUCCGGGCCGGCAGGGGGGGGUUCAGGAGGGGAGCGGGAGGGGGAGGGGAGCGCAGCUGCUACCCUAGCCCCGCCCCUCAGCCCUGGGAUGGCCAAUCGGAGAAAGGGGAGGAGGAGCCACCGGCAGUGGGGGCGGAGAGGAAAGGACAGAAGAAGACAGUCCAGCUGGAGGUGAUUGGCCCUCAGGAUGAGGAGCAGUGA